AUGACCACGACUUUCUCAGCUGCUUGUCCAAGCUCCAGUACUCAAGCAUGUCUUGCUCUCAAAAGCAAUUAUCAAGAUCCUGCCGUACUGCAAGACGGUCAUGUUUCUACUACCUCUUCGGAACCAACAUACAACAUGACGCCAAAAAAUCUUCAAUACAAUUCUACAACGAUGUAUACAUUUUACGACCAGGUUCUCGCAGAAGCCCGGCGCUUAUAUGGCUUUAUCACAAAAGUAAACUGGUACACAAUCGUUGUGCUGUACCCAUGCAUUGGCGUGGUAGGUCUUGUGGCAAAUAUACUUAGCGCCUUCAUUCUCAUACGCAGUGGACUAGGAAAACCAUCCAACAUCUUCCUUCUGGCUAUAGCUUUAGCUGACAGCCUCUGUCUUCUGGGCGCUGCCAACAUUGCUUAUAUACUUAUGCAUUUCCCUAAAACGUUUCCAUUUGGGGUAUUUCUUUGGCAAUAUUCCAUCAGUGAGUCUUUGGCAUGUUAUGUCUUUGGGGUAGCGUUUCGGUGCUUGAGUGUAUACGGGAUUUAUGUGAGUGCUGCUUUGUGUAUGGUAGUUACAACAGAGCGUUUGAUAGCUGUGUAUCUUCCCCUUCAUUUUAUCAACAUAGUCACGCCGUUUAGAGCAUGGCUGGUUUGUUUUGGCUGUUUUGCUAUUUGGUUGCCUUAUUUAAUAUUCACAGGCAUAAUGUGGUAUAGAUUCGACUACAGAUUCUACAAUCAGUGGAACGCCUAUGGCGGCGAAAUGACAUUUAAAGGUUCGGAAAUGAUUAAUGUAUUACUCGACUAUUACGUGGGUUCGAUAUUUGGUAAAUUUAUCCCGCUAGCAGUUGUCAUAGCCGGAUCCGUUUUAAUAGCCAUCAAGGUCAGUAUAACGUUACGAAAACGGCGGAAGAUGGUCGCUGCAUCUGGCAAACCAUCUUCGUCAGGUUCACGUACAACCACAACACUGCUGGUUGUUUGUCUAACGUUCGUUAUCACCAAAAUCAUCGUAUUGCCAAGUUACUUUUAUACUCCCACCACUGAUAUUCAGUUACUAAUGUUUUGGAAUUUUUACGGUGCCGUGAUCAAUAUUGCAGAGUAUGUAAACGGCUUUUGUAAUUUUUUUAUUUACGUUUUUUUGAAUAAGAAAUUUCGAGUCGUCUUUCUUAGCAUAUUUUCGAGAAAGAAACGAUAG